CAACUAAAUGAUUCUAGUUCUAAAGAAGAAAAAGGGUUAGAUUUAUAUAAAAAGAGGACCCCAGUAUGAAUCAUUCCUUUUGAGCAGAUAUAUUACAAAACUCUACAAACUAAUUUAGCCCCCCUUUUUUUGUUCAGCUCCCUUAACCCCUUUCUCUUACCCUACUAAGAACACAAUGGCUGAUAGUCAUCAUCACCUAGUUGAGGAGGAAGAAGCGAGAACGGACGCCAUUGAUUCGCGAAAUCAUCAAAGUGGAGGCAAGAGGGAAGUGAACAGAGGAGCAUGGACAGACGAAGAGGAUCAGAAACUCGCCGAAGCUAUUGAGAUUUUCGGUCCAAGGCGGUGGAAGACUAUCGCAGCCAAAGCAGGUCUUCAAAGGUGUGGCAAGAGUUGUAGGCUGAGAUGGAUGAACUAUCUAAGGCCAAACAUCAAGCGCGGAAAUAUAUCUGAUCAGGAAGAAGACUUGAUAGUUAGGCUUCAUAAGCUCCUAGGGAACAGGUGGUCCUUGAUAGCCGGAAGAUUGCCCGGAAGAACAGAUAAUGAGAUAAAGAACUACUGGAACUCGCAUUUGAGCAAGAAAGUUCAUCACCAGGAGGAUAAACAAAGCAAGGGAGUCCAACAAAAGGAAAGCAGCUGUAGGGCUAGGAAGAAAAGGAAACUCAGUACAAACGAGGUUAGAGAGGAGAUGACAAUGAGAGAAAUGAACUCAUCACUGUUUCAUCAUGGUGGCCCUGAUGGAGAUUCAAAGCUGAGUUUCAAUGAUGAUGACGACUUCUUCGAUUUCUCCAACGAGGAUCCCAUGACGUUAGAGUGGAUUAGAGAGUUUGUCCAAAUGGAUGAUGGCUGAUGAUGCUUUACAUCAUCCAAAAAAUACAGCUUUGAAUCUGGUGAAACCCAGUGCUAUAUAUCCUCUCUAUGUCUACAAUGUACUGAGCUGUAGAUCAGUUACUCCCCAAAUGUUGGGAAAACUGUACAAAGUUUAAGUUUGUAGCUUAAUUGCUUCUUUGAACCAAUCAUAGUCUUUCUGUAUCAGGCAAUAACAACCUUAGUUCUUUGUCCAUUAUACUCUGCC